CCAGGUUUGGAUCUCGCUGAAAACUAUGAUCGAUGGCUGGAUACCUACUGCUUCGAUGCCGACGUUUUUGUGCUAGUUGCAAAUGCAGAAGCGACAGUAAAGUACACCGAGAUGACGUUUUUACAGAGGGUGAACCAGCGAGUAGCCAAUCCGAACCUCUUUAUAUUAUUCAAUCGCUGGGAUGCAGCAGAUGAUGCGGAUGAUAUCGAUAAGGUGAAAGCACAACACCUAGAGCGGGCACGUGAAUUAUUAGUGGACGAGUUGGAUGCUAGCACAAACGAAGAUGAUGCCUGGAAGAAACUCGUGUACUUCGUGUCUGCGAGAGAGGCAUUUGCGAUCCGCAGUGGAAAACUCAGUGCUGACAAGCAAGUCGGAGUACAAGAACGAUACAAUAGUUUUGAGUCGUUCGAGAAGGCCUUCGAAGAAAAAGUCUCUCAGUCCGCGAUACGUACGAAGUUCGAUAACAAUUUAAACCGCGGGCACGAAAUAUUAGAUGUGGUGAUGGCUGCGAGUUCGGAGCUCAAUGAAAGACUGGAGUCACAAUCCAAAGCAAGGUCAGAUCAGAUUACAGCAAUGCUCGAUAGUAUAAUGAAGGUCGAGAGGAUGCAGUCUCGGUUGACGUCUACGUGUAAGGAUCUGCUAGAGAAAUUAGAACAGGAUUUGGAGGCAGAGUGUGAUAGCGCGUUGGCGUCGUGGCUAUUCUUUGACUUCCCGGACUUCGUUGAAAAGUUCGACUACGCCAAUUUUCACAAAGCGGACGACCCUGAUAAGACAAUGUACACUCGGCGAUUGGCGGAGAUGUCGGUAGAUAAUCUGCUAGACACACUGACAUCUAGUAGGAGCAAGGGAUUUGUACUGCAUCUCGUGGAAACCCUAGAAAGUAUCGGUGAAACUACUAAGAAUAACCUACAAAGUGAUAUAUACGCAAUGGUGGAGGGUCACGUAGGGCUGGCUCUGCACGAUGUAUCCGGCAAGAAUGGUGUGAACACGAUUGUGGUCAAUGGCGUCGGAAAAACAAAGUUUACCAGAAGGAGUACAAUAUCAGGUAGCAAUUCACGCCGACCGCAAUCCAGCCCCUUGCCAACCAGUCACCUGAAGAAUGUGGCUGAAGCAUCGAAUGAGAGUAUGAACGCUAGUGGCGACAAUGAAUGUACAGUAAAUGACAAAGGUGUUCAGAUACAGGAUGCCGACAAUGAUGGUGUAUCAGCGAAUGGGGAUACCUACAAAGAACAGAUCAGCAAAAGUACUUCGGCUGCGCUACCCAUUACAUCCAGAUCUCAAGCUCACCAUGGCAUGCUAUCACUGCCUAGUCAAAUCAUCAGGUCACAAUUCAAUCAGCUGGGCUCUGACUUCGCGCCAGAUCUGAAUUUCCACUUCUCAUUAGUCAAUGGCGGGGCGCGGACGUCUCAGGAUAACAUAGACUCGCUUCAGCGCACCCCUUCGUUGAUUUCAAACAGAGCUGUGAGAGGCAAACGUGAUGAGGGAAGUCGGGCCGCGGUGGCGUCUACAGGAAUUUACGUGGCAGUGCCAACAACCGUAGCCGGAAUCAUGUAUAGAAGGGAAGGUACGGAUGGACUUAUGAAGUCUGGGGCAGUGAUCCUUGGAUUCGCAGGCGUACUGGCUGCGCUGGAGUAUAGCUCGUUCAAUUCCGGGAUGAAGGAGCAAAGAUUGAAGGAGCAAUGGAUAGACUACGUAAUGGGCUAUUUGCAAGCCAAAAGGGACGCGAUUGUGGAGCCGAUAGUAUCGCAUUUUGUAGACCAAGCGAAGAUGUACAUUUCAACAAUAACGCUACUCCUGAAUGAACAAGUGGUGCAAAUGAGGGGUAGGCUGGAGAAGAUCAUGCAUACCAAUGACGAUAUCAAGGAAAUUGUGGAGCAGAGCGCACAUGUGAUCAGUCGAUGCGAGCAACUGAAAAUUCGGAUGGUAGACUUAGCCUCCGAUAUAGCGAUGCAAGAAUGAGAAGAAUAAAGUAUCCCGUCGAAGAACCUUGUGUUUUUUGAUGCCUCAAGAAUCAACCCUCAUCGACCUUAGCCAAGUAAUCUUUCAGUGUCAAAAUAGCAAGUUAAGUUACCAAAUUGUUUGCAGUAUACAUGGUCGCCCUUCGGGUUAGAGCGGAUACCAAUAAACCAAUUCAAUUAUUG